GUAAACGAAACGAAAAUGUCAGGACAUCUUGACAAGGUGUCGAGGUCUGGUCAUUGAUAGACGAAAUGUAAACAAUAACAUUACUAAAUGUUUUAGUAGUUUCGCUUCCUAAAUAUGUACACUCUUAAUCCAUCAUUUGGAUUGGUUUUAGUAUUAUGUUUAGGCUUUACUACAGUAAAUGCUUCAUAUGGAGAUCGAAGUAAAUUUUUUAUAAAUUGUGUUAGAGGGUGUCUGUCUCAAAAUUGUACGGAUGAUGGUCUAUCAUUCCAACCAAGCCAUACCAUAAAACAGGAAUUCUUCAACGAGUUGUUGUUCUGGAGUUGUUCUGAUGAAUGCAGUUAUAAUUGUAUGUGGCGCACAACCAAUGCUUUCAUCACGAGAAAUUGGCCAGUGCCACAAUUUUAUGGUAAAUGGCCAUUCGCACGCUUUCUGGGUAUUCAAGAACCUGCGUCAGUGGUAUUCUCAAUAUUAAAUUUUCUAAGCCAUUUGUGGAUGAUACGACAAUUCCGCAAUGAUGUUCGAAGGGACAGUCCAAUGUUCUAUGUUUGGCAUGUAUUCUGCGCGAUCUGCUUAAAUGGAUGGAUCUGGUCGGCCGUAUUUCACACCAGAGAUUUUCCAAUUACUGAACUAUGUGAUUACAGUUUCGCUUACUCAAUAGUAUUGUCGACAUGUUGCUUAAUGGUUUUGAGAAUGUUUCACAAGACCUCGCUCCUCGUCAAAACAGCAUUUGCUGUAGUCAGUCUACUUUACUUCGUGAAUCACUUUGCCAACCUCAGCACUGGAUCGUUCGACUACGACUAUAAUAUGAAAGCGAAUGUAGCAACUGGAGUUGUGUCAGGUAUUGGAUGGAUUAUUUGGUACCUUUUCCAACGGAGAAAAAGGACGUACGCAUGGAAAAUGUUGGCUUUUCAAUUGUUAGCUGCGUGCUCUCUAUUGCUGGAACUAAAUGAUUUUCCGCCUAUAUUCUGGACAUUCGAUGCACAUUCCAUUUGGCAUUUGUCUACGGUACCGUUGACAUUUUUGUUAUACAGCUUUGCAAUCGAUGACUGUAAGGCACUGCGACGAGAGAAAUUCGAGGCGGUUGAUGACAAGGAAAAACUUAUUUGAUAAAUUCCGCUCUAGUCACAAAUACACAAUUGAUCAAAACAUA